AAGUUAUCUUCAGCGAAAGGAGCAAGAUACCUCCUAGAUUUAUUUAGAAUUUUUUACUUUUUAUUUAUUUUAGCUGUUUAGUUUGUGUAUAUUUCAGUAAAAAUGGACUGCGUGGACUUUCCGAAAGUUCUACCAAACUCCCCGAGGAGAGCCAGAGGACAAAUCCAGGUCAUCUUUGGACCGAUGUUUUCAGGCAAAAGCACUGAGCUGAUGAGAAGAGUGCGCCGCUUCCAGCUUGCUCAGUAUAACUGCUUGCUGGUCAAAUAUGCCAAAGACACGCGUUACUCAGACACCGGCAUGGCCACACAUGACAAAUACACAAUGGAAGCUGUACCGGCCAGUUGCCUGGCAGACGUGCGGCCUGCGGCGCUGAGAGCGUGCGUCAUUGGUAUCGAUGAAGGACAGUUUUUUCCAGACGUGGUGGAGUUCUGUGAGGAGAUGGCCAACUUAGGGAAGACCAUCAUCGUGGCUGCUUUGGAUGGAACCUUUCAAAGAAAACCAUUCGGAAACAUCCUGAACCUGGUUCCUCUGGCCGAGAGCGUGGUGAAGCUGCACGCCGUUUGCAUGCAAUGCUACAAUGAAGCUGCCUACACCAAGAGGCUGGGGGCGGAGAAGGAGGUGGAGGUGAUCGGAGGAGCUGACAAAUACCAGGCGGUGUGCCGGAGGUGUUACGGCGGCUUGACGGAGGACAAGGAGAACGGCUCUGUCCUCAGAAACGAAACUCCACAACAACAGCCAGCGGGGAAACUGCUGGAGCCUGGAGUUCCCAGGAAGCUCUUCAACUCCCUGCACAUCUGAGGACACUCUACUGCACAAACCUCUGUGUGUCUGUGUGUCUGUGAGAGAGAGUGUGUAAAAUCAAUCAGUAUUGGUUUGAACAAAUGAGAUUAAUCAGCAGUGUUUUUUACAUAUAGUUGUGUGUUAUUGUGUAAUACUACUUGAUAUGAAAAAGCACUUAAAAUGAAUACAAUGUCUAGCUUUACUUGUGACAUAUUUAGUUGCUGUGAUAUCUGAAAUUUUUAGAUCUUAAGCGAUUUGUGACUGAAAGUACUGACCUCAAGUGUUGGACGCAGGUUUGAAUCCUACUUGUUACAGAAUAGAUGUCAGUAUUGUAAAUAGCAAAAAUAUUGUGGGCAAUGGUGGUUUGUGUGAGGAUGUAUUAAAAAAAUCAGUAAACAUGUU